AUGCCCGACAAACGAAAAGCUUCGACGGCGCCCCCUUCGUCCAAGAAGGCUCGCAUUUCAUACGAAGAUGAAAGUGGUGACCGUUCUUCCGGCAUGUCCUACGAAAAGCCUUAUAACCACCCCCUCUAUGGCCAGAAGAACGCUUUCCCGGGAUUGGACGAUGCCGGUGACGAGCUCUGCUACGACGAUGCAGAUGAUGGACUAGAAUAUCUGCGUAUGGUGCGAUCCGAAGCGAGCGCGCUACCCUCGCUCUUUAUCGCGCAGACAUCAAAGUCAAAGGUAGUUGAUACGGAUUCCAGCCAAGUUUUGAACACCCCCGACACAAAAAAACCCUCAAAUUCUUUCCCUCGUGGAUUCUUCGAUCGCGAAGAGGCCUAUAUCGCCCCGGUUGAGACCAAAGCCAGGCCCGCAAGCCCCCCGAAUCCAUACUCCGAAGCUCAAACUUCUUACUAUGACCUCCUCCGGCACCGAUUUCUACUUCUUCGAUCUACCUUGAAGUGUUCACCUCCGGCUAGCGCGAUCGCCGGUCUUGAUGACGCGCAUCCCAUCAGCCUCCCCCGCAAAGUCGACGCCGCGCGCAAAGAAUGGAGAAGACUUGUCAUGGCUGUGAAUCCACAGAUGGUUCAACUAGCCUGUAUGGACCAAGAAAGUGUCCUUGGGGUAUUGCAAAUAAUGGCCCGACUGAUGUCUGACAUUUUGCGAAGUGGAGAAGCCGAAAAGAUUCGAAGCCUCGGUGCCUGGGCCUGGGGCUUGCUGGGAAGGUGUCGGGAGAUUGGAGAAUUGUCCACUGAAGAGGUGGGGGAUAUUCGUGAUAUCGGGAAACGGGCUGUGAAGAUCUUGCAAAAGGUCCGGGAGGCUGAAGACAGCUCAAGGACAGAGGACGAAACGCUAGACUCGGACACCGGAGAAGAUACUCAGACAGAUAUCCCAGCUCAGGAAGGAGAUGGAGACGAAGCGGAUGAUAAAGCACAGCCGGGGCCUGUGGAUGGAAAUGACGCGGAUAUGUCUGAUGCAAUGGACGGAGCUUCAGAGCUAGAGGCGGCCAAAUCCCGAUUGCAGGCUAAGAUGCUCAAUAUUGCAGAUGACGAGCCUAACAGUGCAGAUCAAGAUGUAUGCGUGGCCAAACAGACGCGUGCCAUGCUUGAUAUGAUCAUCACGGUGGUUGGCGAGUUCUUUGGCCAACGGGACCUGCUAAACUCACGGGAGGUCUGGGCUCCAUCUGUCUGA